AUGCCCGAAUCUACUACGUCCAGUCAGCCUUCGACGCCAAAUCCUUACAAUGGUACCAAUGGUGUUGUCACUUCUAGUGACGGCCGUUGGAAUCAAGUUGAUAGCACUAAUAUCUUGCAGAAUACAACGCCCCCGGAGUGGAAUGAAUUACCACCCCACAGCGUAGUAUCGAUUCCAGUGACUACCAACAAUGUGUCCAGUGAGUACCACGUCACCAGCAGCGUCAACAACAUCAAUGUACUCAGCAACCAAGUCGUGUACAACCCGCCUAGCUACAUGAACAUACCCUACCAAAGAAACGGAACACCUAAUGGAUACACCAUUUUGAAUCCUUCAAGAGGAUUAAACACGCAGAUAGUAAAUGGACCUAAUCUCCUCCGCACUCAAAACGGUCAGCUAAUUGGAGGACCCGGUUGGCAGAAUCAGUCGGCUCUUGGAAGAUACAUUUCUCAGUCACCAGGAUGGACAAGCAACAAACCUGCAGGAGGAGUGAAGAAACAGAAACGCAUCAGGACUGCGUUCACAAGCCAGCAAAUGAUGGAGCUAGAACAGGAAUACUCAAGGACCCGCUAUUUAGACCGCGCUCGGAGGAUUGAGCUCGCUGAGAUUCUGCGUCUAAACGAACGCACCAUCAAAAUAUGGUUCCAGAAUCGCCGCAUGAAGGAAAAGAAGGACCGAGCCGAGUGUUUGGAAGAUUCUGAAGAAGCCAGUACAACUGAAUCCUCUCCUGAAAUGGGUAAUAUUCCGUUGCUGAUUCACGAGCAGUACUCAAGCAUGAAGAACGAGGUAUACAACCAGGGAAAUGUUUACUUGGAGUCAUAUCCUAUUGUGUCUACUCCUGUAGCGAUGCCAGCUAACAGCUUAUCGACCUCGAUGCCUGUUCAGAACUCGGUACAGACUAUGUACCAGACUUUCAUGUCGGGGGAGGAAUGUCAGGGGCAGUACCAGCACGUGCAUUUACAGAUGCAGCCUUACCAACCUCCUUACCCUGAGGUACAGGAGAUGUCUCCAGAAGAGGAACCUAAAGUGGAAACUGAUGCACCGAGCGCUCCCAGUAAUAUCAUUGAGAAAAGUUGCGACUUGUCAUGGAUCAGACCUAUUCAGUACGAAGACGAAUAUUAUUAA